AUGCGAAUAUCGCGCAUGCUCUGCCGGUGUGUCGGGGACUGCUCCAGGGUCAUCCAGCGGAUUAUCGUGGAGCAGGAUGACAUGGAUGAGAAGGGUACAGUGGAGGUGCUCUACGAGGAUCUGUCCAAGUGGAAAGCCCAUUUAACCAGGGCGAGGAAAUACAUGGUCCUCGUGGAGCAAGAGGAAGAAAUCGAGCGGGACAAACUAGCCCUGAGGGAUGCAUAUAUGCACCUGAAGGGCAACCUCGCUCGGGUAGAGAGGACGGACAUUGGAUUGGACCCCUGGCUGCCGACCACCAGCACCAGGGGAACCAACACAAAGGGAGCGGGCCUUGUUUUAGCUGCAUUACGCUUUUAUGCAUCAGGCAGUUAUCAGAAUUGCAUAGGAAAAAAUAUUCACAUGGCUAUUAGUCAACCUUCGAUCAGCAGAUGUGUUCGAAAUGUGACUAAUAUUCUUAAUCGUCCAGAAAUAUUUAACACUUGGGUAUGCUUUCCUAACAACCUUCAAAAGCUGCAGCAACUACGUAACAAAUUUUGGAUUAAGCAUCGCUUUCCUGGAGUGAUUGGUUGUAUAGACUGCACUCAUGUAGCAAUUGUUCCACCUCCUAAAGAAGAUGAGAAUUAUCCUGAACAUAUAUAUGUAAAUAGAAAAGGAUAUCAUUCAAUUAAUGUACAAUUGAUAUGUGAUUCUGAUCUUAGGAUUAUGAAUGUUAAUGCCCGAUAUCCAGGAAGCACGCACGAUUCGUAUAUCUGGAAUAAUAGUAAUGUUCUUCCUAUAAUGCAAGAUAUUUACAAUCGUGGACACAACUUUUUUUUACUAGGUGAUUCCGGUUAUGCGCUUAGACCUUGGAUGAUGACUCCAAUAAUGGACAAUAAUCUUAAUAUUGCAACAAGAAGAUACAAUGAUCGGCAAAAGAGCACUAGAUCGCUUAUUGAACGUUGCAAUGGUGUUUUAAAGAUGAGAUUUCGUUGCUUGUUGAAACAUAGAGUCUUGCAUUACCGACCAGAUGUGUGCUCAAAAAUUAUCAAUGCUUGUACCAUAUUACAUAAUAUGUGCAUUCAUGAUAAAGUGCCUUUACCUGAUGAAGCAUUUAAAGAUGAAGUAUUGGAUUUUGUUUUUUAA